ACCCUAUCGAGUAUUCCUCCGCUUAUUUCUGAUUUCCGGUUCUAUCCUACUAAGCCCCUGGUAAACCCUAGCGCCCUCCACCAGUUGUACUGUUUUCUCCGACGGACGGUGAUUUCACCGACAACAAUACGAAGUCUCCUUCCAAUCAGAGACGAAACGAGACUGACAACUCUGUCGAUUUCUCUUUUCCCGCCUAAACUCUCAUCCCUUUUCCUUUUUCACGAAGGACCCAAACUAAUAGAAAGCAAACCUACGAUUCCUCGUCGUCAUUGUCUCGUCUCCACCGUGUCACAAGCCUACGAUUCCAACUUGCUCAGUUCUCUGUCUAUUCCAUCGUCUGUUCGAUCGAGAUUUAUGUACUGAUAGAUAGGAAAGCUAACCACGACGGAUUUUCUUUUUAAAUAAAAAAUAAAAAAUAAAUCCCAUAUCUCUUCUCUCCUCAAGCUCAUCAUUUCCUUCCUCCCCGCAUCGAACCAAUCAUUUACAAUCCCAAAGUGCCAACUUGACCAAGCUUUCUACUACUACCACUUCUCGAUUGCUUCGCCAAAUUCAACGUUUUCUCGGAACACCAGCCCUAAUUUUCCUUCUGAAACUCUUCCUACUUGUCUUGUAAUUCUAUGGCUCAGCUCUUCAAAUCCAGGUGUUGUGGACCUGGACGGAUAUCGGUGUUGGAGUUGUCCCCUCCGACUCCGUCAUUAUAUCUAACUAGGAACGAAGACGAAGAAGGAGAGGAAGAUGAUGACGGUGACGAUUACUUUUCCAAUCCAAUAUCAUCCACUCCGUUGAUAAUUCCUGCAGGGGGAGAGGGAGGUGCCAGAGAUGAGCGUCAUCAUUUCCCAAUUCUGGAAAUUUUGCUAGCGGCAUUAAAGAAGUCGUUGGUGACAUGUAACAUGGAGAGGGAGGAUAUUUGUGCCAUGGAUGUUAUUAGCUGGCCUACCAAUGUCAGGCAUGUCUCCCACCUUACUUUCGAUCACUACAAUGGCAUUCUCGGUUUACCCGUUGAGUUCGAGACUAAUGUCCCUUCUAGGGUCCCCCAGUGCCAGAAAGACUUUGUAUUGUCGCCAGUGAAAUCGCUGUCCACCGGAGAAAGCACUACUCAAUCGGUGGAAGGCACUAGAAUUUAGCAGGAAUUUAGGGAAAAGAAAUAAGACUUGCUGAGGAAGAAUACUCGGUGGCGGGGGUGGGGGCGCUAACGGAAUGACGAGAACUUGCGAGGCGCCAGGAUUAAAAAAGACGGUCCAAACCGUUCGAAUGAUUACUCGGGUCAAUGGUUUGUUGAUCAAAAUCAACAGUUUUUUGAGAUUUCUAACCGGUUCCUGGUUUUUCCUUUUCAGUCCGACCCUAUUUUGAAAACCAUGGUAGCAGCAAUUGAGGUUAACUUAGUCUCAA